AUGGCCCCUCAGGCGGGCGUCAACGGCGUGCUGCCUGUCGCAGUCCUGCAGAGAAAUGCACCUGCUCAGGCCGCCCGCGGCCCCAAGGCUGCCCAGCCGCGCCUGAAGCUCGUCUUGCGCCGCCUGCCCCCAGGCUUGACGAAGGCGGAGUUCGAGAGCGCAGUUGGUGACGAUUGGAAGGUCGGUGCCGGCAAGGUCGACUGGUUCAACUACAGAAAGGGAAAGGUCUCGAAGGACGCAGCCAAGCCUUCGAAACCCUCUCGAGCAUACUUCCACGUUAUCAAGCAGGAUUUCGUCACCCAGCUCGGAGACCACGUCCGCGCUCUCACCUUCCACGACGCCGCAAAGUCAUGGCAGGAUCCUGCGCUUGUCGGCCCACCUGCACUCGAGUUCGCACCGUACCCGAAGAUGCCCGGUGGCCGUCGUAGGAACGACAACCGCCAGGGCACCAUCGACCAGGACCAGGACUUCAAGGACUUCCUCGAAAGCCUGACCAACCCAAUCAGUAAGCCUGCUGCCCCUGACGGCGAACCGGCGAAGGAGACCAAGGGAAAGACGACGCCACUGAUCGAGGCGCUCCGUGAGAAGAAGGCGAACAAAGAGAAGCCGAACAGCAAGGGGCGCGCUGGACGUGGAGAGAAGGAUGCCACCGCGGAGAAGAAGAUGCUCGCCAAGCCGGGCAAGGAGAACGCACCCCACGCAGGGGACAAGAGUCGCAGAUCAGGCAAGGCUGACAAGGCCCUGAUGACCAAAGAAGCCGUCAAGAUAUUGAACAAGGAGGCAUCGACCUCGAAGCACGCGAACACUACCGCAGACAAGGCCUCGGCCAGCCCUGCCCCAGAGCGCAAGCGCGGCAACGUCGCCCUCGCAAAGUCCAUGCUCCAGCGCGAUCUUGGGGUAGGACCUGGGCCUGCUCCCAACCGUCGUCGUGGAACGAAGCGCGAGGUUGCCGGCGGCGAUGCGACAGCCCAAGCAAAGGAUGCGCCUGCUGCAGAGCAGAAGCCCAAGGACACACCUGCUGCUCAGAACGCCGCAUCGCCAGCUGACAAGGCCGCUCAAGCAUCGCAGAAGAAGGAGCGCCCAACCCGCGCCGAACGUAGAGCGUUCAAGGCUUCUUUGGCGGACACCACGAACGGCAAAGCUGCACCGGGCGAUGCAAAGCCUCAGGCGCAGGGCAAGGCACCAGCAACACCAGCUCCCCAGAUCUUGAAGAAGCCGCAGCCUGCGCAGACACCGACGGUCCCCAAGGGCCCGGCGGCAUCACGCGCUCCGCCAACCGAGCCCGCCGCGCCAAGAUUGACUCCUGGGCCGGCGAAGGUGCAAACUCCAGCACCUCCAGCCACGCCGGCAGCUCCUCCUGCCAGGUCCACUCCCUCUCGACCGGUGCCCGACGCCACGAGCAAGCAGGCCUUCCUCAAGCACGCCAACCCAUCACAGGGCAUCACCGAGCCGUUGAUCGAAGAGGCCCUGAAGGUGUUUGGCGGACUCGAGAAGGUCGAGAUUGACAAGCGCAAGGGAUUUGCGUACGUCGACUUUUCAGAGCCAGAGGGUCUGCAGAAAGCCAUGGCUGCUAGCCCUAUCAAGAUUGCUCAGGGCGCUGUUCAAGUUCUCGAACGCAAGGCGCCAGUUGCCAGAGGUUCUCGCUUCAAUGCACCACCCCAGGGACCCCCUCAUGGAACGCCAACUGGACCAGCCCGUGGCGGCCGCGGAGGGUUUGCACCUCGAGGACGUGGACGUGGAGGCGCACGCGGAGGAGCCAACGCUGCCGCUGCCGCUGCCGCUGCUCCUGCUCCUGCUCCUGCUCCUGCUCCUGCUCCAGUCUCUGGUUCUGCCGCACCUGCUGCUCCAGCUGCCGCCCCUUCAGCCCCUGCGCCCGCCGCUGGCACUGCUACAUGA